CUCUCCAUCCCACUCAAGGACACAUGAAGGGGGACAAGCGUGAGGAGCAGGGGCUGGGGCCUGAAACUGUGGCCCCUGACCAGCGCACAGAGGAGGAGGAGGCCCUGAUCGAGUUCCACCGCUCCUACCGAGAGCUCUUCCAGUUCUUCUGCAAUAACACCACCAUCCAUGGUGCCAUCCGGCUGGUGUGCUCCCAGCACAACCGCAUGAAGACGGCCUUCUGGGCUGUGCUCUGGCUCUGCACCUUCGGCAUGAUGUACUGGCAGUUCGGCCUGCUGUUCGGAGAGUACUUCAGCUACCCUGUCAACCUCAACAUCAAUCUCAACUCAGACAAGCUCGUCUUCCCAGCUGUAACUGUCUGCACCCUCAAUCCCUACAGAUAUCCCGAAAUUAAAGAAAAGUUGGAGGAGCUGGACCGCAUCACAGAGCAGACACUCUUCGACCUGUAUAAAUACAACUGCUCUGACAUCCUCAGGGCCCAUCCUCGCAGCCGCCGCGACCUCCUGGGGACCCUGCCGCAUCCCCUGCAGCGCGUGCAGGUGCCGUCCCCACCCUACAAGUCCCGCAAUGCCCGCAGCGCAUCCUCCAGCGUGCAGGACAACAACCCCCAGGUGGACAGGAGGGACUGGAAGAUUGGCUUCCAAUUGUGCAACAAGAACAAAUCGGACUGCUUCUACCAGACAUACUCCUCAGGGGUGGACGCAGUGAGGGAGUGGUACCGGUUCCACUACAUCAACAUUCUGUCGCGUCUGCCUAACGGCUCACCAUCCCUGGAGGAGGACACACCAGACAACUUCAUCUUUGCCUGCCGCUUCAACCAGAACUCCUGCAGCCAGGCGAAUUAUUCUCGCUUCUACCACCUCAUGUAUGGGAACUGCUACACUUUCAAUCACAAGAACAAUUCCAACCUCUGGAUGUCUUCUCUGCCUGGGAUCAACAAUGGCCUGUCCCUGGUGCUGCGCACAGAGCAGAAUGACUUCAUCCCGCUGCUGUCCACGGUGACGGGGGCCAGGGUCAUGGUGCACGGGCAGAAUGAGCCUGCCUUCAUGGAUGAUGGUGGCUUUAAUUUGAGGCCUGGUGUGGAGACCUCCAUCAGCAUGAAGAAGGAAACUCUGGACAGACUUGGGGGCAACUAUGGCGACUGCACUGAGAAUGGCAGCGAUAUCCCCGUCAAGAACCUUUACUUUUCCAAGUACACUCAGCAGGUGUGUAUUCACUCCUGCUUCCAGGAGAACAUGAUCAAGGAAUGUGGCUGUGCCUAUAUCUCCUAUCCAAAGCCCCAGGAUGUGGAGUUUUGUGACUACUGGAAGCAUAACUCCUGGGGCUACUGCUACUAUAAGCUGCAGGUUGCCUUUUCCAUGGAUAGCCUGGGCUGUUUCACCAAAUGCCGGAAGCCAUGCAGUGUGACCAGCUACCAACUCUCUGCUGGUUACUCACGGUGGCCCUCAGUGACAUCCCAGGACUGGGUCUACCAGAUGCUAUCCAGACAGAACAAUUACACCAUCAACAACAAAAGAAAUGGAGUUGCCAAACUUAACAUCUUCUUCAAGGAGCUGAACUACAAAACCAAUUCUGAGUCUCCGUCUGUCACGAUGGUCACUCUCCUGUCUACCUUAGGCAGCCAGUGGAGCCUGUGGUUUGGCUCUUCUGUGCUGUCUGUGGUGGAGAUGGCUGAGCUCAUCUUUGACCUCCUGGUCAUCACAUUCCUUAUGCUGCUCCGGAGGUUCCGAAGCCGAUACUGGUCUCCAGGAAGAGGAAGUAGGGGUGCCCAGGAGGUGGCGUCCACUCCAGCGUCCUCUCUUCCCUCCCGCUUCUGUCCCCACCCUACAUCCCCCUCCCCGUCUCAGCCUGGCCCUACUGCCUCCCCAGCCUUGACAGCCCCUCCACCUGCCUAUGCCACUCUAGGCCCCCGCCCAUCUCCCUUAGGCUCAGCAGAGCCCAACUCCUUUGCCUGUAUGUCAGAGGAGCCCUGA